AUGUCAAUUUCUCUAUUAGGUAGAAUUGUUUCACAACAAUUCUCCGGCAUACGGGCGGCUGAGCCAGGGAGAUCUCUAUAUUUACCGUUUACCUUACUAUUGAAACAGCCCGGUGCUUACAAGGUGAGCCUACACAGAUAUGUACAUAGCACCCAAACGAAGAGCCACUUGAGCUUUUUAAUGAAUAAUAACGAUAUAACACCUUUUCAAAAAUUUACAGUUAAAGUUCUCAAAGAGCAGUGCAAAUCAAGAGGGUUAAAAUUAUCAGGUCGCAAAUCAGAUUUGCUACAAAGACUUAUCACGCACGAUUCAUGUUCAAAUAAAAAAAGUAGUGUGAAGAUAAAUGAACCCAAAAAAAAGAGGAUAUUAAUAAAUGAUCCAAUCAAAAUCACGAAGAAAUUGGUUAGUGAUAAAACUUUUAGAACUAUUGAAAAAAAUAUUUCUUCACUGCAGAACACACCUGUUAUCGAAACUCCCUGCGACGUUCAUUCACACUUGCAACCAAGGGAUAGAAUAUUCUUAUUAGGAUUUUUCAUGUUAUCGUGUCUUUGGUGGAACCUCGAACCUCAGGAAUCUAAACCUACCAUUGACCAUUAG